AUGUUCACAUUUAUUUUUCUUACUCUAUUAAUAGGUAGCAUAGAUCAGUCAGUAUUAAAGGAGUUGCCUCCUGAGCUACUGGCAGAAAUUGAAUCCACCAUGCCACUUUGUGAACGUGUGAAAAUGAACAAGCGCAAACGUAGUACAGUUAAUGAGAAACCAAAAUAUGCUGAAAUCAGUUCUGAUGAAGACAAUGACAGUGAAGAAGCUUUUGAAUCUUCUCGAAAAAGAUCUAAAAAAGAUAGAGAUGAAGCUUGGGAGUAUGAAGAACAUGACAGAAGAAGUUCUGGUGACCACAGGAGAAGUGGUCAUUAUCAUGAAGGAAGAAGGACUUCUGGUAGCGGCCGUUACCGUAAUAGAAGUCCUGAUGACUCUGAUAUGGAUGAUUAUUCUCCUCCUCCUCCUAGCCUCAGUGAGGUGGCUCGAAAAAUGAAGAAAAAAGAAAAACAAAAGAGAAGAAAAGCUUAUGAACCUAAACUAACACCUGAAGAAAUGUUGGAUUCUUCAACUUUUAAAAGGUUUUCUGCUUCAAUAGAGAAUAUUCUGGAAAAUCUGGAAGACUUGGAUUUUACAGCUUUUGGUGAUGAUGAUGAGAUUCCACAAGAAUUGUUACUGGGAAAACAUCAGCUAAGUGAGUUGGGUAGUGAAUCUGCAAAAAUCAAGGCAAUGGGCAUUAUGGACAAGCUCUCAACAGAUAAAACAGUAAAGGUCCUGAAUAUUUUGGAGAAGAAUAUUCAAGAUGGAUCAAAGCUUUCUACAUUACUUAACCAUAACAAUGACACUGAAGAUGAAGAGAGAUUAUGGAGAGAUCUUAUUAUGGAGAGAGUGACAAAAUCUGCUGAUGCUUGUCUUACUGCUAUCAAUAUUAUGACAUCACCAAACAUGCCUAAAGCUGUAUAUAUUGAGGAUGUAAUUGAAAGAGUUAUUCAAUACACAAAAUUUCAUUUGCAGAACACUCUCUAUCCUCAGUAUGACCCUGUAUAUAGAGUGGAUCCUCAUGGUGGUGGUGUUUUGAGUUCAAAAGCAAAACGUGCUAAGUGUUCCACCCACAAACAAAGAGUUAUAGUGAUGUUGUAUAACAAAGUUUGUGACAUUGUCAGCAGUUUGUCGGAGUUGCUAGAGAUACAGCUUCUUACUGAUACAACUAUUCUUCAGGUAUCAUCUAUGGGAAUAACACCUUUCUUUGUAGAAAAUGUUAGUGAACUACAGUUAUGUGCCAUCAAAUUGGUGACUGCAGUCUUCUCCAGGUACGAAAAACAUAGGCAGCUAAUACUGGAAGAAAUUUUCACUUCCCUUGCAAGGCUACCAACUAGCAAGAGGAGUUUAAGAAACUUCAGGUUAAAUAGUAGUGACACUGACGGAGAGCCUAUGUAUAUUCAGAUGGUAACGGCACUAGUUCUGCAGCUUAUUCAGUGCGUUGUGCACUUACCAUCAGCAGAAAAAGAUUCUAAUUCAGAGGAGGAAUCGAAUAAAAAAGUGGAUCAAGAUGUGCUUAUUACUAAUUCAUAUGAAACAGCCAUGAGAACAGCACAAAACUUCCUUUCCAUUUUCCUUAAGAAGUGUGGUAGUAAACAAGGGGAAGAAGAUUAUAGGCCACUGUUUGAGAACUUCAUUCAAGAUCUUCUUUCCACAGUCAAUAAACCAGAAUGGCCAGCUGCAGAAUUGCUGCUUAGCUUAUUAGGAAGGCUAUUGGUUCAUCAAUUCAGUAACAAAUCAACAGAAAUGGCUUUAAGAGUUGCAUCACUUGACUAUCUUGGAACUGUAGCUGCAAGAUUGAGGAAAGAUGCAGUCACUAGCAAAAUGGAUCAAGGGUCUAUAGCCAGAAUCCUCAAACAGGUUUCAGGAGGAGAAGAUGAAAUUCAGCAGCUACAAAAGGCUUUGCUGGAUUAUCUAGAUGAGAAUACAGAAACCGAUGCAUCAUUAGUGUUUUCUCGGAAGUUUUAUAUAGCUCAGUGGUUCCGUGAUACAACUAUGGAGACAGAGAAAGCAAUUAAAUCUCAGAAGGAUGAAGAUUCAUCUGAAGGAACUCAUCAUGCAAAGGAUGUUGAGACCACAGGACAAAUCAUGCAUAGAGCAGAAAGUCGCAAGAAGUUUCUUCGUAGCAUCAUUACAACUGCUGCAUCUCAGUUCAGUACAUUAAAAAUGAAUUCUGAUACUGUGGACUAUGAAGAUGCUUGUUUGAUUGUUCGCUACUUGGCCUCUAUGAGGCCGUUUGCCCAGAGCUUCGAUAUUUAUUUGACACAGAUUCUGCGUGUGCUUGGUGAAAAUACAAUUGCUGUUCGAACAAAAGCCAUGAAGUGUUUGUCUGAGGUUGUUGCUGUAGACCCCAGUAUUCUAGCCAGGCUGGAUAUGCAACGAGGUGUUCAUGGACGAUUAAUGGAUUACUCCACUAGUGUACGAGAAGCAGCUGUAGAGCUGCUUGGCCGAUUUGUGCUCUGUCGUCCUCAGCUUGCUGAGCAGUAUUAUGACAUGCUGAUUGAAAGAAUAUUGGAUACUGGUAUCAGUGUCAGAAAAAGAGUGAUAAAGAUACUUAGGGAUAUCUGCAUUGAACAACCAACAUUUCCCAAAAUUACAGAGAUGUGUGUGAAAAUGAUUCGGAGAGUCAAUGACGAAGAAGGCAUUAAGAAAUUAGUAAAUGAGACUUUCCAGAAGCUCUGGUUCACUCCAACUCCCCAUCAUGACAAAGAAGCAAUGACCAGGAAAAUACUAAACAUCACUGACGUGGUUGCAGCUUGUAGAGAUACAGGGUAUGAUUGGUUUGAACAGCUUCUUCAAAAUCUGUUGAAGUCAGAAGAGGAUGCUUCAUAUAAACCUGUGAAGAAAGCCUGUACUCAACUUGUUGACAACUUGGUUGAGCAUAUCCUUAAAUAUGAAGAAUCUUUAUCAGAUUCUGACAACAAAGACAUGAAUUCUGGUCGCUUGGUUGCUUGCAUAACUACUUUAUUCUUAUUCAGCAAAAUCAGGCCCCAGCUAAUGGUCAAACAUGCUAUGACCAUGCAGCCAUACUUGACUACUAAAUGUAGCACUCAGAAUGAUUUCAUGGUGAUCUGCAAUGUUGCAAAAAUCUUAGAGCUUGUAGUGCCACUAAUGGAGCACCCAAGCGAGACUUUCCUUGCCACUAUUGAGGAAGACCUCAUGAAACUCAUCAUCAAAUAUGGCAUGGCGGUUGUUCAGCAUUGUGUGAGCUGUCUUGGGGCUGUUGUGAACAAGGUCACUCAGAACUAUAAAUUUGUGUGGGCCUGUUUUAAUAGAUACUAUGGCGCGCUUUCAAAAUUAAAAAGUCAACACCAAGAAGACCCCAACAGUACAGUACUUACUGCCAAUAAACCAGCACUGCUCAGAUCACUUUUCACUGUUGGAGCACUAUGUCGGCAUUUUGAUUUUGAUCAGGAAGAUUUUAAAGGCAACAGUAAGGUUAACAUUAAGGAUAAAGUGCUUGAACUGCUGAUGUAUUUUACAAAGCAUUCAGAUGAAGAAGUACAGACAAAAGCCAUUAUUGGACUGGGAUUUGCAUUUAUACAACACCCAAGCUUAAUGUUCGAACAGGAAGUAAAGUCUCUGUACAACAGUAUUCUUUCAGAUAAGAACUGUUCAGUAAACUUAAAAAUCCAGGUAUUAAAAAAUCUUCAGACCUAUUUGCAAGAGGAGGAUACACGUAUGCAGCAGGCAGACAGAGACUGGAAAAAAGUAGCAAAACAGGAAGAC